CGCGCAUGCGCGAGUGAGUUGGCGGAGAACUUGAGUGUGUGUGAGCGUGAGUUGUGGCUAACAGCAGCUCGUGUAUGUGUGUGCGUUACUUUUUGAACUACAACCAGUUACCGCUUGUUAAUAAAGCGAUUGAGCAGCGCAUCCUCGUCUGUGUGACUCCUUCUCCACUGCGGGGCAUUACAAUACUUACAGCAACACAACAAGGACUACUUACCCUGAAAGCAGACGCCUAGCCGAUGCUUGCCGCCAAACCCACGGAUGAAGUCCUUCGUCGCGCCGUUGAUCGCUGGAAUGCAGCCUGCAGAUCGAGGAGGGGCUUAUUUUCCCUCAAUGUGGGCUGGUCCAAACGUUGAAGCAGGAAGCCGGAUGAUGUAUUUCCGUCUGAGUCCAUACUACUGCGCGCUUUUCUGCCUUGAGAUUUGCCAGUAUAUUUUGUCUACAUCCUACCAACAGCUCGCACACGCACACUGCACCACGACAUUGCACCACAUAACACACACAUUACAAAACCAACAGUUCUUUUAGGAACCCCUGACUGACUGUCUGACUGACUGUCUGUGUCCUGAUUUUCUCUGGUCAGAGUAUGUCUGAGAGAAAUAAAGAAGGUGUCCCACUGCGGUACCCCCCGCAACAUGGAGCCCCACAUCCUGGGCUGGAGGCCUCUCAUGCUCUCCGUGGUCAAGCUCAGGCUGAUUUACUUCCUCUUCCUGAGGCCAUCCCUGAUGACGUCAAUGUGAGACACAUUAGUAUACUUUUGGAUGGUGAUACACCAAACAUUAAUAACAUCACCAACAGUGAACUGUUCCACUGUCCCUACUGUAAAUACGUGGGUGCAAAAUAUAAGGUUGACAAACAUAUAAAAGGCCAUUCGUCAGUGAAACACAAAGGGUUCACAAUAAUCAAGUGUGGAUUAAAUUGUCGGACGGAAACACAUUUUCAUUGUUGCUAUUGUGCAGCAACACUAAUAAAUCGAUUGCAAUUGGUAAGGCACCUACAAAUACACCAGGAGGAGGUGCAAGCUGCAGCCCCUGCACAGCUCCCUGUGGCCCCCGCUCAGCUCCCUGUGGCCCCCGCUCAGCUCCCUGUGGCCCCUGCUCAGCUCCCUGUGGCCCCCACUCAGUUCCCUCAGCUCCCUGUGGCCCCCACUCAGUUCCCUCAGCUCCCUGUGGCCCCCGCUCAGCUCCCUCUGGCCCCCGCUCAGCUCCCUCAGCUCCCUGUAGCCCCCACUCAGUUCCCUCAGCUCCCUGUGGCCCCCGCUCAGUUCCCUCAGCUCCCUGUGGCCCCCGCUCAGCUCCCUGUGGCCCCCACUCAGUUCCCUCAGCUCCCUGUGGCCCCCGCUCAGCUCCCUGUGGCCCCCACUCAGUUCCCCGUGGCCCCCGCUCAGCUUCCUGUGGCCCCCACUCAGUUCCCUCAGCUCCCUGUGGCCCCCACUCAGCUCCCUGUGGCCCCCACUCAGUUCCCUCAGCUCCCUGUGGCCCCCGCUCAGCUCCCUCAGCUCCCUGUGGCCCCCGCUCAGCUCCCUGUGGCCCCCACUCAGUUCCCCGUGGCCCCCGCUCAGCAUCCUGUGGCCCCCACUCAGUUCCCUCAGCUCCCUGUGGCCCCCGCUCAGCUCCCUGUGGCCCCCACUCAGCUCCCUGUGGCCCCCGCUCAGCUCCCUGUGGCCCCCACUCAGUUCCCUGUGGCCCCCACUCGGCACCCAUUGGCUCCUGCAGGAUGUUCCACAGCCACUAAAGCAUCAAGUAAGCUCAAUAAAUUCCGUUGUCCUCAUUGUAAGUUGAUUUUAAACAAAAGAAACUUCAAAACACACUGCAGGAGAAAACACAGCAACCUCCUUGGGACGAUAACGAAGGACAGAUUUUUGGCCUGUCAGUGUAUCGAUGCUACACAUGGUGUGUUUGCAGUUGAAAAAUCUUUUUGUGGUCCUGCAACACCCAUACAUGUAAUCAAGAAUAUGUGGGGGCCAGCACAGAUCAUCUGUGAGGUCGACCAGUGUUGUUUGAAUGCUGACUUUGCUCAAAGGAGCGGGAUGUUGCCUUUCGAGUGCCACCACAUCCAAUCAUUAUUGUAUUGCCCACGCACUGACGGUCAAACCGUGACACUACCAGGUGAGGCCUUGGAAAGAAUGGUGGAAAACAAGUGGUUUGGUGAGGAGCGUAAGGCCGGCCUCUUGCGUUGCCAAAAAAAUGCUGAUGCUGAGGGUGUGCCUCUGUCUGUGCACCUGACUGUAGGUGGUCCACCAUCUAAAUUUCAUAUAUCCGUUUAUGAAAAAAGGGUAACAUACUACAGCAGGUUGGGAAGAGUUAUUGUGGCAUAUGAUGCAAAGCAAAACACCUGGCAUUGUCCCUGCUCUAAAGCGAGACAAUCCUGUAUCCAUAAAGCUGUUGCUAAAUGGCAUCUGUUUGUAACAAAGAGGGAGCUUUUUAGGAAGGUGAAGAGCACAGAGGAAGAGACACUUAAUCCUACCGAGAUCAGCACAGUCCAAUACGACAGCGACUCCAACGAGGACAGUUAUCCACCAGAUGACAGAGAAAUUGCAAGGAUGCUUAAAUACCUCCUCAACCACAAAAAGCUCCCGGCAAAUAUACCCCAGGCUCUCAUAGAGCAGUCGAGAGAGGGAAGAAGAGAUGACAGCUUUCCUAAGCACCUUAUCCCCAGUGAAACAAAGUGUGUAGAAUGUGAAUACACACUCUGUGAACAGCUGAUAACAGCGAAAGGCAAGAUCCUGACAAGCACAGGUGUAGUUGAAGGAAUAUCAACAUACAGGAAAUCAUGCCUGAACUGUGGCAUGAUUUACAGCAGGGGUCACCAACCUUUUUGAAAGCAAGAGCUACUUCUUGGGUAGUGAUUAAUGCGAAGGGCUACCAGUUUGAUAUACACUUAAAUAAAUUGCCAGAAAUAGCCAAUUUGCUCAAUUUAACUUUAACUCUAUGUUAUUAUUAAUAAUUAAUGAUAUUUACACUUAAUUGAACGGUUUAAAAGAGGAGAAAACACGAAAAAAAUGACAAUUACAUUUUGAAACAUAGUUUAUCUUCAAUUUCGACUCUUUAAAAUUCAA